AUGGCUAUGGCUACAACAGAUAAUGGAUAUGAAUGGAAGAAAAAAUUGCCACAAGGCGUCAUAUUCAAGCCGACGGAUGAAGAACUGAAUUUAUAUCUGAGAACUAAGAGUAGCGAUGGUGAAAUUCUACCUGGAAUUAUCAAUGAGCUUGAUAUUUAUAAGUAUGACCCUAAAGAGCUAUCUGGGUUUGCUAUUAAACAUACCGAAGGACGUAUGUACUUCUUUACUCCAUUAACGAAUAAGUAUGAAAAUGGAAAGAAAGUCCAGAGAAAGAUAUAUUCUGAUGAAGGAUUUUGGAAAGCCUCACAAGCACGUAGUAAUCAUACGGACAAGAAUGGAGCUAUCAUUGGAACAAAAACUAACCUUGUUUACUAUGAAAAUAAAGGUCAAAAGAAAUCCAAUGGCACAAAAACUUCUUGGCUUAUGCAGGAGUUUAGAUUACCAGAAAAUCAUCAUCCUCGUCCACUAUUCAAUGGGACAACUAAGGAGCUGACACUUUGUGUGAUCUACUAUAAUGGCACAACCAAGGAUGAUGACCAAGUAGCUAUGUUGAAACAAUGUAAUCAUUUGAUUCCUCCGCAAACUCCAAAUCCUACCCUUCCUUUCAGUCAAAAUUUUGAUAAAUCACCAUAUACUUUUCCCAUCCAUCAUAACCCUAAUUAUAUUUGUCAUAAUGAUAAUAGUUCCCAAGAUACUCCAAAUUCCUACUCUGAUUUUGUUGCCAAUUGUGUCCCUCUCCAACAAUACCAACCUCAAAUUACUAGUGACAUAAUUGCAAUCGGCAAAGGAUUGCCGAUUGAAGACCCUUCACCGAAAAAUAAUACCGAAACUGCAAUCAUUUCAACCAUGCACCAAGAUUUACCUCCACUACCUUAUUAUGUCGCUAUGGAAAAUCUUGGCAAUUUUUCCUCCAUUUCUCAAAACUCUGAUUUAGAUGGAUUUGAUCCAUCCAUAUAUCUCAAUUUCAAUAAUAUUAAUGCUUAUAUGGGGGAUGAAAUAGGUAGUGAUAUUAUUCAAAAUAGUAUUGCUGAUUUUGGUCCUUGGCCUUCCUCAAGCUACUCAACAAUGUUGUUCACUGGAAGUUGUUCAUAUGGUUCAAGUGCUGACCAAAAUAAAUUGGAAACAAAUGACACCCCAAUUUCUCAAGGUAAUCAGAAUUCUUCAAGUGGUAGCCAAGAUUUGCAGCUAAAGAUGAAGAAGAUCAAACUAUAG